AUGUCGUCCCCUGUCCAGGAACUCAAUCCCACAGUAAUUAUUGCUAAUGUAGUUCGUACAUUGCAUAAGAUAUACUGCGGUGAAUACUCCAGGUCAUUGGUGGUACCUAGCACAUCUAAUGUUCUAAAAGUCCAAUUUCACUCAGACUUUUACACCAGUAAUCUUGGAUUUCGUGCAGAAUACAGCAGCUUUGAUCCUGAAGAAGGGUCAAAGCAGUCGACCUAUCAAAGUACAGGGAAAACCCCUCUAGGUGGUUCGAUGGAGGCAAUGGCUGCAGUGCACUGUUUGAUGCAUGGAGCCUCUGAAUGCAAAGGAAUGCACGUAUGUGGAGAUGGAAAAUGUGAGCUCAUGAGCAACAAAUGUGAUGGUUGGUUUCAUUGCAAAGAUAAGAGUGAUGAGAUGAACUGUGUGUGCACAGCAGAGCAGUUUAGAUGCUUUAAUAAUAUGUGUAAGCCUUUGAUCUGGGUCUGUGAUGGAGUUGAUGACUGUGAAGAUAUGAGCGAUGAAAGCAACUGUGAUUGCCCAGCUGGGUUCUUCAACUGCCAGAAGAAUAACUGCUUGUCCAUUAGUGCCAUAUGUGAUGGAAAUGUUGACUGUCCUGAUCACAGUGAUGAGAAUGAUUGUGAAAAAACAGACAUCAAAUGCACUACCAACACUUACAAAUGUGCCAAUGAAAAAUGCAUUGCUAAACCCAAUGCAGAAUGUGAUGGUGUAACCGAUUGUUUAGACCGUAGUGAUGAAUCCAACUGUGACUGUGGAAACCGACCCUAUCUUCAAAGUCGAAUCGUCAAUGGCAAUGAUGCGGAGCUUGGUGAGUGGCCCUGGCAAGUCAGCCUCCACUUUGAUACCUUAGGGCAUACUUGUGGUGCAACGCUGAUAAAUGCUGGGUGGCUUCUAUCUGUCUCACAUUGUUUCCACGAUGUGUAUCCCUACAAGUACUCUGAUCGAUCAUUAUGGAAAGCAUUCAUUGGACUUCAUUCCCAAAGUUUUUCGGAAAGCUUUGUAGAAACACGACUGAUUAAACGGAUGAUUAUUCAUGAACAAUUCAAUAAUUUCACAAUGGAUUAUGAUAUCGCCUUGCUUGAACUUUCGGAACCUGUAGUGUACAAUAAUUACAUUCAACCAGUGUGUCUUCCGUCAGCAUUACAUGUGUUUCCUGCAAAUCGGAAAUGUUAUAUUACCGGUUGGGGCUUACUGCAAGAGGAAGGUCGUCUUCCUUUGGUUCUUCAAAAGGGUGAAGUAAGAAUUAUUAAUCAAACAACAUGCAAUAACUUUGUAGGAAACAUUGUGUCAUCACGAAUGCUUUGUGCAGGAUAUCUUACUGGACAAGUAGACGCUUGUGAAGGUGAUUCUGGAGGACCACUGGCUUGUGAGGAACCAUCAGGAAAGUGGUUUCUAGCAGGAAUUGUGAGCUGGGGACAAGGAUGUGGUCGAUAUGGGCACCCUGGAGUUUACACGCGAAUCACAAAGUUUCAAGACUGGAUUCAGAGAAACAUGGGAAUCAGCAGCAAUUGA